CAACAAAGAGCGUGAUAAAGAAGAACUCCUGAUAUCCACAUAUCCACUAUAAAUAUACACAUAGAUCUACCUUUAGUUCAUAUUCGUUACUUUUCCAUUCUUUUGAUUCAAGAUGGCCCCUCCGCCCAACCUCUACAAGUAUGGAAUUGUCAUAGACUCAGGCUCGUCAGGCUCCAGAAUCCAAGUCUACCGCUGGGAAGAUCCCAGCAAGACCCAGUCAAUGCACAAGAAGGACAAGGCACUCUUAACGUCGCCACCCAAGAUCGAACGAGACAAGAAGUGGUCUAUGAAGAUUAGUCCUGGUAUCUCAUCUUAUGGGAAACUGAAAAAUUUCAAGAAGAUAUGGCCAGAUCACUAUGCAAAGUUAAUGAAGUUUGCUGAAGAAGUAAUUCCCCAACAAAGUAUCCAAGAUACCCCUGUCUACGUGUUGUCAACGGCCGGAAUGCGGCUUUUGCCAGAAAAAGUCCAGAAGCAGAUUUUGAAGGAAACCUGUUCCAGCAUUAGGGAACACACCAAGUUCGUAGUAGAAGAUUGCAAAGAUGCUGUUCAGACCAUAGACGGAGAAACCGAAGGUAUUUAUGGGUGGUUGGCUCUCAAUUAUCUUAUGGGCCAAUUCAAUAGUUAUGAUACUUCGAAACAAUUGCACGAGUCAAUUGGCUUUAUGGAUAUGGGAGGAGCAUCGACUCAGAUUGCAUUUGUUCCGUCCUCUGCAGCCGAGAUUGAGGCACACAACGAUGACUUGUCCAAAGUGACAUUACGUAAUGUAGACGGGACCACCCAGGAGUGGAACGUAUUUGUGGAAACCUGGUUAGGUUUUGGAGCUAAUGAAGCCAGAAGAAGAUAUUUGAAUCAGUUGAUUGCGGUUUCUUCUAUUGGUUCAGACGAAGUGCCAGAUUACGUUGACGAUGCCUGUUUACCCAAAGGUGCAGAAGUGACGCACUCUUUCGAGGGCAAGAACUACAAGUUUAAGGGCGUAGGCAACUACGAGACGUGUUCGAAGUCUAUAUACCCUUUGCUCUUGAAGAACAAACCUUGCAAGGAUGACCCAUGUUUGUUUAACGGAAUCCAUGGGCCUCGUUUGAACUUCGAGAAGGACAAAUUUGUUGGGGUUUCAGAAUACUGGUACACUGCCAAUGAUAUCUUCCAAAGUGGUGGAGAAUACAACUACCAUGGGUUCAACGAGAAGGUUCGCGGCUACUGUGAAAGCGACUGGAAGACCAUCUUGAAGAACUCCAAAAAGGGCCACUACUCCAAUUUAGACCCCGACAAGUUCUUGAAGGAUGCCUGUUUCAAGGCCAACUGGGUUAUGAAUGUCUUGCACGAGGGCUUUGAUCUUCCCAGAUUAGCCGUAGAUGUCGAGGACAAGGGAGAAACAACUGAAAUGAAGGAAACUGAGCAAGUUCACGUUCCUUUCAAAUCAGCUGAUUCUGUUAAUGGCGAUGAGUUGUCUUGGACUUUAGGUAAGAUUUUACAAGUAGCUUCUUCCCAGAUCAAAGCAGCUGAAGAGGAUAGUCCUCAGAUAGGUGUUUAUCCCAGUGAGAUUUCGGGAAAGCAAUUCGUUCCUGGUGGCAGCUUAAGUCCGGGAAUCUAUUAUGAAAACGACAGCGAUGACGAAGACGAAAACAUGCAUAGCGUAUACUCGAUUGUAAUUGUUCUCUUGCUUUUCUUCUUUGUCUAUCAUUUUGGCCGCUCUCAUUUUGCCAAGUGGGGGUACAAGGUAAGAAAACUCCAUAUCCCCAUUCCUUUGAAGAGAGCAUACAAUACUGCCGCAUCUAAGGUACCCAUUAUCAACAGGUUCAUUUAUGCCCAUCGAGGCUACGGCGACUUUGAGAGUCAGAAUGAGACCAAUAUGAGUUUGGAAGAAGGGGGUAUGUCCAGAAUGGCUUCUAAUGACAGGAUGGCUUCUGUUCUUCGAACCAGGUCCGCAAUCAACCUAAAUGAUAAUGCAGAUAUUGGAAAUGAAGCACCAGCAUCGAUCAGUCCACCCCUCAAAGGAAGCAAGAGCUUCAACAACUUCAUGAACAAGCCGUUUGUGGUUCCUAUGCGAAAUACACAGCAAAUUUAUCAACUUGGUGAUAAUUCUAGCCGAGACUCGUUGCAUCGGAUCCCCAGUAACAGUUCGCUCAGUAGGGGAAAGGGAAAUACUUAGACUUAUAUAUCAGAAAAAAUAUAUUAGAUUUCGCAGCCAUUUCUACGGCUCCAAAAUAUAGACAAUAUCAUUUU